GAAGGGUCACUCACCAAGACAGUUGGUUAGUUGUAUUCCUGUACAUUUACUUACCAAGCCUAGUCAGAACAUAGAUUUUAUCCAUCAACAUCUGCUUCGAGUUGUGUCAACCAAUCAGGAAAAAAUGGUGACACUUUCGAAAGAAUAUGGGUAUGUUGUGUUCACGGGCUGCGCUUCCCUAGUGCUCAUGAAGUACCUCUCCAGGAAACUGUCGAAGGCGCGCGAGCAGUAUAAUGUACAGUUACCACAGAUGUACAGCGAUGACUCGGAGAUAUUCAACAGGAUGCAAGUUGAUCGUCAAAACACUGCUGAACAAAUAGCUCCAUUCCUUUUCACGUUGUCCAUCGGCGGCCUGCAGCAUCCACGCCUGGCCAGUGCUUUUGGGAUCUUCUGGAUUGCAAGCAGGGUAGUCUCUGCACGUGCGUGCUGUAGUGAGGACCCUGCUCAGCGCCAGCGAGGGAGGCUGGGGGAUUUCGCCCUCCUGGGCCUGUUCUUCUGCACGCUGGACUCGGGGAAGGUGAUUCUGGGCUGGAGUCGACCCUGCUUUCCGCGACGCCUCCCCGUAAAAACACAACUCUGAUGAGGGUCAACAGUUUACAUCUCAGUCAUGCAGCGUUGUUGGUGGUGUUAAGUACAUUAUUUGGCGUCAAGUGAAGUAUGUGUUUUAUUGUGAUUUUUUUCCAUUUGGAGUAAUAAAGUGCCUAUACUUAACUUAACAUGAUUGG